AUGGCCACUACCAAGCGAGUGCUGUAUGUGGGUGGACUCGCAGAGGAGGUGGAUGACAAAGUUCUCCACGCUGCUUUUAUCCCUUUUGGAGACAUCACAGAUAUCCAGAUUCCUCUGGAUUAUGAAACAGAAAAGCACCGAGGAUUUGCUUUUGUUGAAUUUGAGUUGGCAGAGGAUGCUGCAGCAGCUAUUGACAACAUGAAUGAAUCUGAGCUCUUUGGACGGACAAUUCGUGUCAAUUUGGCAAAACCCAUGAGGAUUAAGGAAGGCUCUUCUAGACCAGUUUGGUCUGAUGAUGACUGGUUGAAGAAGUUUUCUGGGAAGACGCUUGAGGAGAACAAAGAGGAGGAGGGGUCAGAGCCCCCCAAAGUGGAAACACAGGAGGGAGAGCCUGCUGUAAAAAAGGCCCGGUCAAACCCUCAGGUGUAUAUGGAUAUCAAGAUUGGGAACAAGCCAGCUGGCCGCAUCCAAAUGCUCCUGCGUUCAGAUGUCGUGCCCAUGACUGCAGAGAAUUUCCGCUGCCUGUGCACCCACGAGAAGGGCUUUGGCUUCAAGGGCAGCAGCUUCCACCGCAUCAUCCCCCAGUUCAUGUGCCAGGGCGGUGACUUCACCAACCACAACGGCACCGGGGGCAAGUCCAUCUACGGGAAGAAGUUUGACGAUGAAAACUUUAUCCUCAAACACACGGGACCAGGCCUGCUCUCCAUGGCCAACUCUGGCCCAAACACCAACGGCUCCCAGUUCUUCCUCACUUGUGACAAGACGGAUUGGCUGGAUGGCAAGCAUGUAGUGUUUGGGGAGAUCACGGAUGGCCUGGACGUCUUGCGGCAGAUUGAGGCCCAGGGCAGCAAGGACGGGAAGCCCAAGCAGAAGGUGAUCAUCUCCGACUGUGGGGAAUACGUAUGAGGGGAGCUGUCAACUCGGGGAACCGGCACCCGAGGUGUCCCGUUGGCAGCGAGCAGGGCUUCGUGUCGUGGCCCUUCCUCGGGGUCAGCAUGGGGCAGCUCCUUUGCAGGCACAGUCUGCGCCGCCUCUGGUCUUCCUCAGGUGUGGCCUUGGGCCCAGGGCUGCCCUCCCCACUGUGGACAGCUGUGCGUGGUCUUUCCAGGCCUUUGCCACCGGGGCUUCUCAUGGGCCCACCUGUGUGACUCCUGGACAUUUUCUUCGGGUAAAAUAAAUCCUAGUUUUUGUA